UCCCAAAAAAUUAAAUGAGAAAUUUUAGGGAAUAACUGAAAUAGGAGGCUGAGAAGUGCCGGUGGUGAAGGACUCAUCAUUAACGCUGGUGCUGCAUUUCCCGGCCCCUGCCCACCAGAAAAGCUCCUCUUGCAGGGUCUCUAAUGGCGAUAAUCUUCACCAUUUUAGGCUUUCAGAACUCAAGCCCUCAAUAGCCUCAAUCUUUAAUCUCUCUGUUUACAACUACGGAGCUAAACCAUGUCUUCCUUCACUCUAAAACCCUUCUUUCUCACCUCUAAGUUAUCUUCGCCUUCAUCUUCUUCUUUUCCCUUUACUUUUCUUCGUUUCUCUUCGAUUAGCCUCCCAAAGAAGCCCAGAAAUGGUUUCGCCUUCACACUCCGCGCCUACGAUUCUUCCAAGGGCGGCACACCCGAUGCCUCCUCUGCCGAUUCCAACCCUCCCAACGGUACUUCGCCAAAAUCUCGGAGAGACAUUCUUCUGGAAUAUGUUAAAAAUGUCCAGCCAGAAUUCAUGGAGUUGUUUGUUCAGAGGGCACCUCAACAGGUUGUUGAUGCAAUGCGCCAAACAGUCACAAAUAUGAUUGGAACUCUACCUCCACAGUUUUUUGCAGUGACUGUCACCACGGUUGCUGAAAAUCUUGCACAACUCAUGUACAGUGUAAUGAUGACUGGAUAUAUGUUCAAGAAUGCUCAAAAUCGCUUAGAACUGCAGCAGAGUUUAGAGCAGGUCGCUCUCCCAGAACCAAAGGAUGAAAAGGAUGGUUCGAAUUAUGCAGCUGGUACGCAAAAAAAUGUCACUGGGGAAGUCAUCCGGUGGAAUAAUGUAUCCGGUCCCGAGAGAAUUGAUGCUAAAAGGUACAUAGAGUUACUUGAAGCAGAGAUGGAGGAACUUAAUCGCCAAGUAGAUAGAAAAUCUGCAAGUGGGCAAAAUGAAUUGUUGGAGUAUCUCAAAACACUUGAACCCCAAAAUCUGAAGGAGUUGACAAGUAGUGCUGGCGAGGAUGCUGUUGUUGCAAUGAAUACAUUCAUAAAGCGUCUAUUAGCGGUUUCUGAUCCAAGUCAAAUGAAGACAAGUGUAUCAGAGACAACAGCACCAGAGCUGGCAAAGCUUCUGUACUGGCUAAUGGUGGUCGGGUAUAGCAUUCGCAACAUUGAAGUUCGGUUCGACAUGGAAAGAAUUCUGGGAAGUACACCAAAGCUUGCAGAACUGCCUCCUGGAGAAACAGCUAAGGAAUGAAGCAGAAGAAGGCUUGAAUGGAACAAACAUUGACGGUUGAAACUGUGUUUGGAUGGAACAAACAUCUGGUUCGCCACCCUCUUUGUACUUUUACGACCAUUUUAUACACGUAAAAGAAUGAAAUUUCUUGGACUGAAUUGUAAGUUCUACUGAACCUUACAAAUUAUAACAUUGUAUUAUCACGUUCAUCUUUUGGGAGAGAGAGUGAGAGAAAGGGAUGUUUCUGUAAACAUAUGAUAUUACAGUGCUCAGACAAAUAUGAGGUCAUCUAUACUCGUUUAGAAUAGAAUAUGGCAAUAAACUGUGGAGUUCAGAAACUAAA